GUGGACCGCAGCAGCACCAGCUGGCAGCUCCUAGUGCAGUUCCCCCGCAGAACCUUCCGCCAAGUGGACCGCAGCAGCAGGUGGCAGCUCCCAGCAGUGCAGUUCCCCCGCAGAACCUUCCGCCAAGUGGACCGCAGCAGCAGGUGGCAGCUCCGCCUAGUGCAGUUCAGCAGAACCUUGCGCCGAGUGGACCGCAGCAGCAGGUGACAGCUCCUAGUGCAGUUCCGCAGAACCUUGCGCCGAGUGGACCGCAGCAGCAGGUGACAGCUCCGUGUGCAGUUCCGCCGCAGAACCUUCCGGCAAGUGGAGCGCAGCAGCAGCAGCAGGUGGCAGUGGCAGCUCCUGGUGCAGUUCCGCCGCAGAACCUUCCGGCAAGUGGACCGCAGCAGCAGGUGACAACUCCUAGUGCAGUUCCGCAGAACCUUCUGGCGAGUGGCCCCCCGCAGCAGGUGGCAGCUCCUAGUGCAGUUCCGCCGCAGAACCUUCCGGCAAGUGGAGAGCAGCAGCAGCAGGUGGCAGCUCUUAGUGCAGUUCCGCAGCAGAACCUUCCGGCAAGUGGCCCCCCGCAGCAGGUGGCAGCUCCCAGUAGUGCAGUUCCGCCGCAGAACUUUCAGGCAAGUGGACCGCAACAGCAGGUGGCAGCUCCGCCCAGUCCAGCUCAGCAGAACCUUCCUCCAGCAAGUGGACCGCAGCACGUGGCUCCGGGUGCAGUUCCGCAGAACCUUCCAGGUGGACCGCAGCAGGUAGCAACUCCUUGUGCAGCUCCGCAGCAGAACCUUCCACCAGCAGCAGGUGGAAUGCAGCAGAUGGCGGCUCCUUGUGCAGCUCCCCAGCAGAACCUUCCGCCAGCAGCAGGUGGACCGCAGCAGGCGGCAGCUCCGUGCGCAGUUCCCCAGCAGAACCUUCCGCCACAGCAGGUGACAGCUCCAAGUGCAGUUCCGCAGCAGAACCUUCCGGCAAGUGGACCGCAGCAGGUGGCAGCUCCUUGUGCAGUUCCGCAGCAGAACCUUCUCCUGGCAAGUGUACCACAGCAGCAGGUGAUGACAGCUCCAGGUGCAGUUCCGCAGCAGAACCUUCCAGCAGGUGCGCAGCAGGUGGCAGCUGCAAGUGCAGUUCCCUGGCAGCAGAACCUUCCGGCAAGUGGCCCCCCGCAGCAGACGGCAGCUCCAAGUGCAGUUCCCCCGCAGCAGAACCUUCCGGCAAGUGGCCCCCCUCAGCAGCAGGUGCCAGCUCCAAGUGCAGUGCCCCCGCAGAACCUUCCGGCAAGUGGCCCCCCGCAGCAGGUGGCAGCUCCUAGUGCAGAUCCGCCGCAGAACUUUCCGGCAAGUGGACCGCAGCAGCAGGUGGCAGCUCCGCCUAGUGCAGUUCAGCAGAACCUUCCGCCAGCAAGUGGACCGCAAGAGGUGACAGCUCCGUGUGCAGUUCCGCAGAACCUUCCGCCAGCAAGGACGCUCCUGCAGCAGCCUGGAACUCCCUCCAUUUUGGAGAUGGUGCAAGAGCUUGAAACGCAGAUGGAUCAGGAGGAGCCAAUCAGUGUGAAUGACACGCCCGAACCCCCGCCCCGGCUGAAUCGCAGCGCUGUGUCAACACUGGCUUCGGCUGCUUCCUUUGAUGACACAUCAAAGGACUUGGUUGCACCGGACACGUCAGCAGCACUGCUGGUGAAGGCACCGUCGCCGUCGCCGACUCCCGUGACGGCGAAAGCGAAAAGUGCGGCAAGGACGAAGCCGAAGGCUGCUGCUGUGAAGGAUGAGUAUGCGCUGCCGGAGCUGACCUUGCAGGAGAAGGCGAUGUAUGGCAACUUCUGGUCGCGGUACCGCUCGAGCAGCUCGCUGUCGUUGACCAGUGAUGCGGAUUCCGUCGACUCCGACAUCAGCCAACCUGUGCCGAAGGGGCCGCCGGCAGUACCCCAGCCGAUGCCGUUGCCGACUGUGCCGCUUCAGCAGCAGACGACAGCAGCUGCAGCAGGGCCGACGAGUGAUGCCAUGACGACGAUGCUGGCGACGGUUCUCAGCACGGCGGUGAGCCAUGGUGUUGAUGCAGCGGGGCUUGCGGCCAUUCAGCAGACCAUGGCCAGCAUUGUGGCUGCUGCAAAAGCCCCUGAUGCUGGAGUCGAGGCCGUUGACAAGACGAAGAUCAUCGACUCGCAGCCGGCUUUGCCGCCAAGCCCUUUUUCGACGCCUUUGCCGGCCAGCACAGCAGCAAGCCCUUCGACGCCUUUGCCGCCGGCAAGCACAGCAAGCCCUUCGACGCCUUUGCCGCCGCCGAGCACUGCGAGCCCUUCGACGCCUUUGCCGCCACAGACCGCUGUGACGAAAGCCCCGCCGACAGGACCUGCUCCUUCGACGCCUUUGCCACCGCAGACCGCUGUGACGAAAGCCCCGCCGACGGGACCUGUGGUCAACUCAAGCACCCACAGGACUGAGUACCGCUCGUUCCAACGCUUUUGCGAGAACUCACCGGGAGCAGUGGAGUUGAAGAAGGUGUGGGUGCAGGGCGGACCGCAGCGCUUGGCAAUGUUCCAGAAGUUUGUUCUGACAGGCUGUGGUAACCCUGCGGCUUUGGAAUGUGCCCUCCAGUUCCGCCGGCAGAGCGAGGAGGAGAGCAAAGACGAAGGUGAAUAUUAUUGCUGGCGUGAUAUACUCGCCUUUCACGAGGGCAACGAACAGAAGGCCUUAUCCUUCAUUGCAAGACGCAGAGCAGAGCCCAAAGGGACCAGUUGCGAUCGGAAUGAUCCUGAUAUGGAGACAUUUCUAUAUUACGGCCGCCAGCGACGGACCCUGACGGUUCGUACGAUCGACGAAAUCGCAAUCAGCAUGGGCGUCUGCCCGAACUUCGCCACGUCCGUGGCGGCACAGCUGGACUCCAUGAACGGCGCCCUGCCAGUUGCUGAUGGGGCUACUUCUUCGGUGAACCCGCCAGUGCCGGCCCCCGGCAAGGCGGCUCCAAAGGGAAAAGGCAGUGCGCCUGCGCCACCCGGCACGACGACGGAAGACCCCCAGCCGCCGCCCAAGAAGGCGAAAGUUCCGAAGCCGGAGGGAUCCGACAUGGAGUUGAUCUGCAGUGGAGAGAACGUUGGACUUUUCGUGAAGUCGUGGGUGGCCGCGGCGAACACGGCCCAGGGGCAAGCCGUGAAAACGUGUGCAGAGUUGGAGGUCCUCGAGAGCCAGGAGGCUUUGAUGGGGAAGAUUAAGGACUGUGCCGAAGGCAUCGGGGCUUGUCGCAAGAAGCUCCAGCUCAUGGGGACAGAGCCAGUGGCCGCCGAUGUGCAAUCGGCCCUGCUGGAGGCUACCGUGUUUGUGGAGGGUUUCAAGAAGCAUCUUCGAGUGGCGAAUGAACACUCGGUUUUCACGUGGGCCGGGGAGCCAGCUCCGGACUUCUUCAAGAAGUGGCGUCUGCGGCCGUCGCAGAAGCAGGGGAUGCAAAUGUACCAGGUGGGCUGCGAGUUUGGGCGCAUCAGGGCGGGCACUGUCGACUGGCUGGACUGGUGGCAGAAGGCCAAGAGCGAGCCAUGGGGGAAUCAUCCGGUGCAGUCCUGGCCGGAGGAGGCCAGGCAAAAAGCGGUGGCCGUGUCGAUUCACGGCGAUGAGGGUACUGGGAAGAGGAGCAAAAGCAUCUUGAUCCUGUCGCUUUCGCCCUUGGCCAUCCACCGGGGCGACUCGAUGCUGCAGAAGUUCCCGUUCUGUGUUGUGCGAUCAGACAGAUUUGUCUACGACAACGGCCAGAAUAUCACGCUUCAGGCGCUACAGCGCUACUACGCCGAUUCCUUUCGGAUUUGUGGCGACCCCGCCAGCGAAGGCCAACACGGAUGGACCAUGCACCCUGUCAUAUCGAAGGGAGAUUGGAAGCACAAAAGGGAAUGGUUGGAACAAUGUAGAAGCUACGGGAACCUUGCUAGCAAUGCUCCUCGUGAGCAGAACGCCGGCAGAAUCUGCCCGAGAUGCUUGUGCGAUGGCAGCACACCUGGAAAGCAUUGGGCUGACAUGCGUGAGGGCUUCGAUAACCAGGCAGACUUGGAUGAAGCUUCGAAUGAUAGCGUUGGUGCAAACAUCGCGUCACCAGGCUUGACUUAUGUUUGGAUGUGGAGAAUUCCUGGCUACCACCACUCCUGUGAGUAUCCAGAUUUGCUCCAUUGCCUGUAUCUGGGAACUGAGAGGGAUGCCACUGCGUCUCAUGUUAUGGAGCUGGCGAAGUUUUCUCCGCAGUUUCAGGCUUACGAAACGUGGGAUGAAAGGUUGCAUCACCUGCAUGUGGACUUUCAGAUGUGGUGCACGGAGCACCAUAUCCGACCCAGCAUUCUUGAUGGACUGAGUUUGGUGAAGCUGGGAAUCGAUGCGGUCACAUUGGAGUACCCGAAGGGGAUGGCGUACUUAGCCGAACGGCUGUCUGAGGUUUGCCAAACGAUUCCCGAGCUUCGAUUGGCGGCAGUGAAUGCCUGGUCGAUCACAGCAUUCUCGAAUUUGCUGGACGCCUGCUCAAUCUGGCUGUCGGAUGAGCAGGCAAUGCUGGCGCAGCAGAACCGCUCGGCAGAUGGUAUUGCCACUCCUACCUGGCCCUGGCAUCGCGAUAUCUCGAGUAUAAGAUCAGGCCAAAGUUUCAUCAAUAUCAUUGCGAAUGCGUUUGCAGAUUGA